AUGGCCUGGUUGCUGGAUGGGGGAUGUAGGGACGUGGUUGAGGAGGCGUGGGGACGUGGAGUGGAGGUUUGCAGUCCCGUUUGUAGAGGUGUGGCGUUAGCUGACUUCCGCCGUCUGAAAGCUGAAUUGGUAAAGUUGGAGAAACAGGAGGAUGUUUUUUGGAGGCAGAGAGCCAAGCAGCACUGGCUCCGUGGGGCGGAUGCAAAUACACGAUUUUAUCACAGGUAUGCUUCUGCCCGUAAACGUAAGAAUACUAUUUUACGCCUUAAAGAUGAUUUGGGUAGGUGGGUAGAUGGUGAUGCUAUGAAGCCAGUUGUGAUGAGUUAUUUUAAUGAAAUUUUCACUGCUAACCCGGGUGUGAAUGAUGGGGCGGAGUUCUUUGCCUCUGUUCCCACUCGUGUAACUCAAACUCAUAAUGAUUGGUUGAAUCGGCCUUAUGAUCCGGGGGAGAAAUUCUGGGAUAUUGUUGGGGCAGAUGUCACUGAUUUUGUGCUGGAGUGUUUGAAUACGGGGUCCUUGCCAGUUGGCCUUAAUGAGUCUAAUGUUGUGCUUAUUCCAAAAACGCAGUCCCCUGAGGUGGUAACUGAUUUGCGCCCGAUUGCCCUGAGUAAUGUUGUGUAUAAGGUAAUUGCAAAUGUUAUUGCUAAUCGCAUGAAGCCUUUGUUGGGAGAUGUUAUUUUUGUUUCGCAGAGCGCUUUUAUUCCUGGCAGGUUGAUAACAGAUAAUAUAUUGGUUGCUGCUGAGGUGAGAGGGUUAUCAUUGUUGUUACAGCAGGCUCAGGAUAGGGGUGUUGUUCAUGGAUUAAGGGUGGCGAGAGGGGCUCCUGCAUUCUCACAUCUCUUUUUUGCAGAUGAUAGCCUCCUAUUUUUUAAUGCAAAUGUUAAUGAGGCGCAGGCGAUCAAACGGUGUCUUACUUUUUAUGAAGAUCUCUCUGGUCAGACCAUUAACUAUCAUAAAUCUAAUAUUUGCUUUAGCAGGAACACUCAGCUAACAGAUAGAGAUUUGGUGGCUGCGGUUUUUGGGGUCCAGCAAGCAGUGAAUUUUGGAAAGUACCUAGGCUUGCCGGCCUAUGUAGAGAGGAAUAAACAUGCGGUGUUUGCGUAUGUGGAGGAUAAGGUCAGGCAAAGGAUUGGCUCCUGGAAUAAGAAACUUUUGUCACGGGCAGGAAAAGAGAUUUUACUGAAAUCUGUGGCUCAGGCAAUGCCAACUUUUACUAUGAGUGUGUUCCUGUUACCUGAUUCAUUAUGUAAGAACCUGGAACGCGUUAUGAAUAGGUUCUGGUGGCGCAAUGGGAAGGAUGGGGGAGGAAUUCAUUGGCUUGCUUGGGAUAAGUUGAGUAUACCCGAAGAAAUAUGGUGGGAUGGGUUUCAAGGAUUUGAGGGCGUUCAAUGUGGGAAUGCUAGGCAAGCAGGGGUGGAGGCUUCUGACUAG